UACAUUGAUUCGGCGAAGGCUAAACAUCACGCUAAGCAGCAGGCUCAUGACGCCCUCACUGAUUCUGGCGCCUUUUAGAUAAAUAACGUUGUAAACUGUGAAUAUUUGUUGUAACAUGACCUGAAAUUGCCGUCCGGUAAAGCUAUAUUUAGUUCAGCUUCCACCACUUCAGGCACUCCUUCCACAACGCUUUCAUGUUCAUCAUCUUUUCGUGGGCGCUCCUUUUCUUCCUCCUUUCUCCGCAAUUCGCCUUAGCGGCGCCCACUGGCAGUAUUUCCAACAAUGCUUCCUACAGUCUUUCUGCCAGUCUCGCUAUCUUGUUCACCUUCCUCGUCGUACUCAUCGUUCUCGUCGUCCUGAAGCAUAUAUACAUGAAGAGACGUCGAGCCAGAAGUCUUCACUGCAAUAAUUCCUCUUCCUCCCUUGCAAUUGGUUCUCAGGAAUCCUCAGACUCCUCUAUGCUUUCAUCGCUGCGUAGCAUGACAUCAAAAGACGGUAUAGCCGCGUUUCUCGUCGGAUUUUUUGGCUCGCCAUUUUGGGAAACAAGCGCAAAGGCGUGGCGGAACAGUCUAUCUUGGAAGGAAAGCACACAGAGCUCGUUCAUGUACAGUCUUCACGUUCAAUCGCGCUCACACAAGGGUUCUCGUUCUCGCCCAACCUUCAAUGAAAAGUCUUCUAGUUCGAACGAGUUUGGAGAAAAAGACGCAUAUAACCCUGAUUUCUCGGACUCCAAACAAUCCAACAGCCUGUCCAGCAACGGCUCUUUGCCUGCCGGUUUCUCUGUUCUACUUCCUACUGCGCCAGGGAAGGCUCGACGCGUCCCUUCCAAGCAUGGUCACGACCGUCGUUUGUCACUUCCGAAUACUUCAACUACUCGUAAAGCGGACUAUGAGAGCUCUACACGUCAGAAACGGCACUCUAGCCUGAAAAGCAGCAGAAGCCAACGCUCCGACUCUUCAAUCGUACUAUCUCCUGGAUUGAGGAUGGUGUACACUAACAAUUCGCUGGAAAUUCCACUGCCGCUCUCGCCGGAGGAUCAUCGUUCUUUCCCCUCCUCUAUCAGUGAGCGUAAAUCUGACCAGUCAGAUGUCCCUCCGCUUCCACCUCUACCUCCGAUUACCCCCUUGCUUCCGUCUCCUGUGGAGUUCUGCAACCAUAAAAGCGCUAUUGGUCGCAGUUACAUAUCGCACCCCUACGCUCUAGCUCCAUACACGAAGAAAAGCAAUCUCAAGCAGACUCUAAAGAAUCCUUCUGAAAUUACCCAUGAUCAAACUGUCUCCAAGGCACCGUAUCAAAGUCCACCGAUGACCCGAAGCUCUUAUACAUUUAUUCCUUUGCCACCUCCAUUCACAGAAAUCCCUCCAGUCCCUCCAGUCCCUCUUCCUUUACCUCUCCCUCCUUGUGAACCUGUACCUGCCCUGCCCAAAGCCAGACUCAACAACAGUUCGAUGUCAGUUCGAUCCCGAAAAAGCCCUCCGAUAGGUCCUUCUCCCCUGCGCAUCAUGACUCUUCCCGAAUCAGUUAUCAGCAAUCUCGUCAGCCUUCCUGCUUCCCAGUCUGAUCCACCGAAUAUAAACGAAUAUCAAGAGCAAAAUUCUCAUCCUACUAGAUUAAAUCGACAGUCUUACUCUAAUAUCGGGCUUGGCUUCCCUCCAUCAUGCGCGCCAACAGGUGACCGCAACGCUGCACUUGUGAAACGCUCAAGCACCGAUUCGACGUCGCCAAAGCAUGUCGAUGACGAUGGAUCGAAUCUUUUGCUUGGCAUGAUUCGGGAAUUGGUGGAAGAGACGAGUCAGUGGGAUACAAGCUUGUAUAUGGAUGACAAAUUCAAGUCGAUGAUCGAAACAGCUGGAAGCGAAGCUAGAGGACUGGAAAAAUGUGAAUCAGUCGCGAGUCCGGUUGAGGUCGAUCUUGGAUUACUGGGCUUAGAGGUGUUUCGAGGACAGUUUGGAAAUGGAAAUGAAAAUACGGAUAUGGGAGUCGGAUUAGCGUGGUAAUUUAUCAAUUACAUUCUGUCUUUGUUUUGUUUUUCUCGCUUUGUCGUCGAUCCUGUUUUUACAAAGUCUACCGUCGCCCGACCCUCAGAAAUAAUCAAGUAU